UUCUCUCUCGUUGUCCAUUCCCCACGGUUUUGCUCCGUGUUCAGUGAACGUUGUAAACAAAAACAUCUCAAAAUGCCGGAAAAUUUAAAUCAAAAACUAUUUUAUAAUACAGUGUUGUGCCAAACAUUUUCUCCAGACAAACAAUUUCUUUGUGCCGGAAAUAUUUAUGGCGACGUUUCAAUUUACGAAAUUUCAAAAAUUUUAGGUCCACAAUUAGAGGAGAAUAGUUGUCAAGGGCCAACAUAUCGAUUUACAGCUCAUUCUAAUCAACAUGUCGAAAGUAUGGUGGCUACUGAACAAUUUCUGGUUACUGGAACAUUAGGAGAAAUAUCAGGAUGGGACUGGAAAACGAUCACUUCUAAUAAGGCUUCAAAGGCUAAAGUUUCCUGGACAAUAAGUUUACCAGUUAAAAAUGAUAGUUACGAGAGACCAGACGUUAAUUUUAUGGUUUAUUCGAAAUCAAAUCACUUACUAUACGCUGGCUGUGGAAAUAAUACAAUUUACAUAAUUAGCUUGGAAGGUGGUAAAAUUCAGAGAAGUUUGGAAGGUCAUGAAGAUUAUGUUCACUCUAUUUCCGUAAUGGGCGAACAAUUAGCCUCUGCUAGUGAAGAUGGCAGCGUACGAUUGUGGGAUCUUAGAAAGAAGGAAAAUACAAAUAUUCUAAAACCUUACUUAGCUGAUAAAGUAGCAAGGCCGAAAUUGGGUAAAUGGAUAGGAAGUGUAGAUUUCACUGAAGAUUGGCUGUUAUGCGGUGGUGGACCAAAAUUAUCACUAUGGCACAUGAGAACAAUGGAAACGGCGACAGUUUUCGAUCUACCCGAUCAGGGAAUACACGUCGCCAAUAUUUACGAGGAGAGAAUAAUUACCGGUGGGACAAUGCCACACGUUUAUCAUCUCACUUAUCAAGGAGAAACAUUAGCCAAAGUUCCAGUCUCCAGUAACACGGUUUACAGUAUCGUUUAUCAAGAAGUACCGCAGAGACUAUUAAGCAUUGCCGGCUCUAGUAAUCAAAUCGACGUUUGCACAAACUUCAAUUAUAAGGAACUGAUGUUAAAAUUUUCUUAAUUUGCCGCAACUAAUUGUUUUAUAAUUUUCGGUACAACAAAAAAAAACCACUUUUGCAUAAUUUUUUAAAUAAAUUUAAUUAAAAUAAAUAUAUUAAUAAUA